UGCAGGGCGGGUUUGUAACCCGCGGCGCGAUUUUAGUGGAGCAAGGGUUAAAUUGGAGUAGCGCCGGCGAGCUCUGUCCUCCGGUGCGUAGAGGGAGUAUGAAGCGUGCGGUGGGUCAGGCAGGCUUAGCUUGAUGCCCAGCUACGGUUUAAUGCAGGGAAAGCGACUAGCUGGGAAAUUUAAGAUUUAAGGAUAGAUAAAGGAUUAUCAGUGCUUGAGGGUUUGGGUGGUCGCACAGAGGGAAGUUCUAGUAUUGAUGGGACAGAAGACAGGGCACAAUGAGCAAAGGGACCUUUGUUCCUACCUUUGUUCCUAGGAGUGGAGUGAGGUGUGUGGGCAGUUACCUUUGUGCAUCACUGUAAUCCACCUGGGCAACGAACGAGAUGGCGGGGAGCGUGCAAGCGGACACAGCUAAGGGAAGCACUGAGAAAUCAUGGCCCUGCUGAAUAGCAGGGAGGAGAGCUAAUGUUGUCCAGGCGUGAGAAAUAAAUAUGAUGGAGUAGCAUUGGAUGCUAAUGAUGCGAUGAACUGUAAAGUAGUAGGGAGAAGUUGUGUGGGUAAAAAAAGAAUUAGCUUAGCAUUGCUUUGAGGAAGUAAAAUUCUAAGAGCUUUUAAUGCUAUCUGCGCUAGACUACCAGAGUUGGAUUUGGGUAAAGUUAUCACUUACCACAAAUUAUGUCAUGACUGGAUUUUCUUUUUUUAGAUACAGACAAUGGCAUCAUUUGGGAAGGACAUAUAACAGUUAUACUUACAUACAACAACUCAGCUUACCAAACAGACGCUGAAUUAGUAGACUUUAGACUUGCUUUCAAUGAGGAGCGUGAGGAAAUUCUGAGAAGAGCUGGUUUAAUAAGAACAAAACACAAAGUAUGUUUGGAAUUUGGCUAGCAGUUCAGCGAAGAGAGAGCUUUUCAAGAUGAUUCUCUGAAAAUCUGAGAUCAGCCACACUGAAAACAAUGCUUUCCCUCAACAAUAAGAAGGAAACCACUAAUUAUGUGAAAAUGACCCCAACAUCCUACCAUACUGCUUUUCAGCAUUGCGAGUAGUUGCAUUCAGCUUCCAUCAUCUGAAACACUUCAUUGCUUUCAAAAGGUGUUUUUGCAUCUGUAGGAAGAAGUGUAAAUAUUUUGGUCUGGUAAUGAAAAAAUGCUGCCUCAGUGGAGGAGUAAAUGAAGAGCUGAGUUCCGUCAGUUUUGCUGUCAGCACUGGAUGGCAUAAUAAGAUUUCGAUGUUUGUUCAAGCUUUGUAAUGACACAUACUGAAGAAAGAAUAUAACAUUAAUGAGAGAAACCUCUAUAUGAGUCUUCCUAGAAAGGAAAUGUGACCUUUGCGAUUCCUCAUAAUCUGUUCAAUAGGAAUAAUUGUAGCCAAUAUUACUGUUUUGUCCUCUCCUGCAAGAUUGCUUGGACAAGUUAGCAUCAUUUCAUGAUCACUACUGUAGGAAACUGCUGAGAAAUUAAGAAGAUCAGAGAAGAUUAGGACCUUUCCAUAGAGGUGAGAAGGGACGCAGGCACAGAUCCGUAUGGAGGAUGAAUCUCCUCCUUCUCCAGGAGUCAGUGUUAAGGUUUUGGAGGCAACAUUAUUGUCAGCCCUGAAGAUGCUGGAUGUUGGGAAAUGGCCAAUUUUUUCUCUCUGUUCCCAAGAGGAGCUCAAAUUAAUUCGUCAAGCCUGUGUGUUUGGCAGUGCUGGUAAUGAAGUCUUGUAUGCAACUGAAAAUGAUGAGGUUUUUGUGCUUGGCACAAACUGCAGUGGGUGUUUGGGAACAGGUGACAUGCAGAGCACUAUGGAACCAAGGAGAUUAGAUACUUUAUGUGGCAAAAAGCUAGCCUGUCUGAGUUAUGGAAGUGGCCCUCAUGUUGUUCUUGCUACAGAAGAAGGAGAAGUGUAUACAUGGGGUCAUAAUGCUUAUAGUCAGUUGGGCAAUGGUACAACAAAUCAUGGUUUCGUUCCCUGUCAAGUCUCUACUAACUUGGUGAACAAGAAAGUCAUUGAAGUUGCCUGUGGCUCUCAUCAUUCUAUGGUGUUAACGUCUGAUGGAGAGGUAUAUACGUGGGGGUAUAAUAACUCGGGCCAGGUUGGAUCUGGUUCAACAGUUAAUCAACCAAUUCCUCGAAGAGUUACUGGCUGCCUACAAAAUAAAAUAGUCGUUAAUAUAGCCUGUGGACAAAUGUGCUCUAUGGCUGUAGUAGAAAAUGGAGAGGUUUAUGUCUGGGGUUACAAUGGUAAUGGCCAGCUUGGACUAGGCAGCAGUGGCAAUCAGCCAACACCAUGCAGAAUAGCAGCUUUGCAAGGCAUUCGUGUACAGCGGGUUGCCUGUGGCUAUGCGCAUACGUUAGUGCUAACAGAUGAAGGUCAGAUAUAUGCCUGGGGAGCCAAUUCAUAUGGCCAGUUAGGAACUGGGAAUAAAAGUAACCAGUCUUACCCCACAACAGUAAUUGUGGAUAAGGACAGAGUCAUAGAGAUUGCAGCCUGCCACUCCGCUCACACUUCGGCUGCCAAGACCCAGAGUGGCCAGGUGUACAUGUGGGGCCAGUGCCGUGGUCAGUCUGUGUUCCUUCCUCACCUCACGCACUUUGUCUGCACUGAUGAUGUAUUUGCUUGCUUUGCUACCCCUGCCGUUAUGUGGCGUCUUCUAUCCAUAGAGCCUGAUGACCAUCUAACAGUAGCCCAGUCACUGAAGAAGGAAUUUGACAACCCUGAAACUGCAGACCUGAAGUUUCUAGUGGAUGGAAAGUACAUUCAUGUUCAUAAAGUUCUUCUCAAAAUUAGGUGUGAACAUUUUCGUUCCAUACUGAAUAGCGAUGAUGAAAUUAUAGAAAUGAAUGAAUUUUCUUAUCCUGUUUACCGAGCCUUCCUGGAAUACCUGUACACAGACAACAUUAGACUCCCUCCUGAAGAUGCAAUAGGGCUGCUAGAUUUGGCAACACUGUAUAGAGAGAACAGACUGAAAAAGCUUUGCCAGCAAACAAUCAAGCAAGGCAUUUGUGAAGAGAAUGCGAUUGCUCUUCUUUCAGCUGCUGUAAAAUAUGAAGCUCAGGACUUGGAAGAAUUUUGCUUCAGAUUUUGCAUAAACCACUUAACUGUUGUUACACAAACUCAAGGCUUUGCAGAAAUGGACCAUGACCUCCUGAAAAACUUCAUUAGCAAAGCAAGCAGAGUAGGAGCGUUUCGCAACUGAGGCCUGACUGCUACUGAGCUGAAGAGCAUGUCCUCUUCCAUUCUGGAAAUACUCCUUUGCAGACCUCAUCCAUGGUCUGAAUGUACGAAGGUUUGAAAGCAAAGGGUCAGUGCACAUUGUCAUAGGAAAUGUGGAAGUCCGCUAGUAAAAAGGUUUUGUAAAGAUGGCUAUAGCAUAGAUAUGUGGUGAGAAUCCGUUUGCGAACAUUCAGAAUUUAACAACAAAAAUUUAAUACAGUAACUAGCAUUUCCCACUUUAAAUCAAGCAAACUAAUUUAUCUUUUACUUGCCUGCCUGUUUUGGAUUUUUUUUUUGUUUUUUGUUUUUUUAACCCACCUGCAUCUGUAUUUAUGAGACAGUGACCUGUUGGCUGCUAAAACUUUCAUAGUACCCUUGUGUCACUAGACUAAGUUAAUGAUGUGCUACAGUAGACUUCUUUGUGCCUAGUUUAUGAUCCAGUGACGAUAUAAGCUUGUUUUUCUGAAUACAUGAUCAAGUAAUGUAAAUUUUUUAGGGUGAGAAGUUUUCUGAUUGGUAGGAAGGUGUAUCUCACUAGGUAUUUAUUUGGAGUGUAAAUACUUAAACCGUCAAGAACGUGCAUUGGAGAUAACAUUCAUUGCUCUAGACAGAAUGAAAAAUUCUUCCUUUGCAUUAUACUGGGCACGUUCCCUGGCACCCCAGUGGGGCAGUAAACAUUCAUCGUAUUUCUCGGGACAUGGAUUAUUUUGCUGUGUGAUUUCAUACUCGGCAAACCGUCUUGUUGCUUGUUACCAAGAAAAAAAACAAAACAAAAAAUCUGAAGGGAAAUUCCACUUGAGGUUUGUGUUUGUUCCUGUCGUAAGAAAAGUGGAGAAAGAAGAUCGUUUCGAAAUGAUAAAAUGGGUGUUAUGAUUAAAUCACAGAAGUGAAACUCUCACACAUCAUUUUCCAGACGGCAGUAAGGAUACCUUGUCCAAGUAAAGUGCAGUUCUGCUUUAGUCAGUCAUGGCUCCGGAAGGUGACCAUACCACUUACCUUACAUGCCAGUUUUAGAUGGGAGGAGUUGCCCUGUGCACAUACCUCUCUCUCACCACUGAGGGGGACUGAAUGGCAAACUUCUAAUUGGCUAAAGUGAGUUAAGAUUAAAUCCCAGCAUGUGCUGCACAGGACAUUUGCCCUGUUAUAAAGAUGCUGAGCUAAUGAAAUGUUUACUUGAAUUUUCUAGCAGGGACAAUUGUAAAUUGUCUGAUAUGUUAUUUAUUUCUUUUAAAAGAAGGGGUGAAGUAGGGGCUUUAAGUGCCUUCUGCAGUAUUUUACAAACGGAGAAGGCAAGAUGUUGGCUGGCCGCACUCGGUACACUAAUAUAAUUAGUCAUGUGACCUUCAGUCAAGUACUUGCUCUGCCACAGACUCCUUCAAUGACUUACUCCUCUAGUUGUAGUCCUCAAAAGCUGUUUGGAUGUACCUAAUUCCCUAAAAUGAUCCUUAAAUGUGGAAGUAACAGUUAUUUCUUGUAUCAGAGAAACAGUUCCCAAGCAAUUGCGUUCCUUUGGAAGGAGGGAGACGUCAGUCCUGGGAAAAGAAGAUGAGGAAAAGUGUUUUCAUGUCUGUCUCUGCUGGUUAUGAGUGGAAGGCUGGGGGAGGGGAGGGUGCAGUCAGUAGAAUUAACUACCUAACUUACUUACUUUUGGCUCUUUUCCUAAGUAAUUUUGGAAGAUGCUGCAUUAAAACAUCAUUUGAAUUUGAGGCAUUUGCCUCAAACCCUCACUAGAAAUAUGUUACAUCAUCUACUUCUUCUAGGCUUUUUUUGCCACUCCCCCUCCCCCCCCACAUGACUUCCUCUACCAGCAGAAGUCUGUACUUCAGCUGCUGUGUCAGUGUUUGUUUUGUAUUCACAGAGGAGAACUGAUCAAAAAAAAAAAAAA